AUGGGCAGCGUGCUCAAGGUGAUGAAGGCGGGCAAGGCGACCAAGAACACCCUCGCCGCCUUCGAAUCGCUCAAUGCUCUGCUCAAGGCGAGCGAUUCUGGUGCGGCGGCGCAGAUCAAGCCGCACGCCCACGAGCUCGUGGACAUCUACGUCGCCCUCAUCUCGCGUCACGCCGAAACCAAGAAGAUGGCCGAGAUAGCACUGCGAUCGCUGGGCUAUUUCACCUACAACAGCGUAGCAGUCUCACAACUCAAUGAGGCGCAGUCCGAGCGGAUCCUCACAGUGGUCCUCGACGUGAUCACCACCUCUGAAGUCAAGCAGCUGCGCCAUGCAGUGGCAAAGAGGGUGAAGGACAUCAUCGUUGCUGUGACCGGCCUCAUCGACACGGUCAACGCUCGCUUUGCCUCGUCAUCCACCAUCGAAUAUGAGGCCAUCGCUGCCUUUGGCAAGCUCUUAGCUCAGAUUCCUGACUUGAUGGUGAAGCAAGCUGAGGCCUGGCUACCGGCCGUCUACACCCGCCUGUUCCACGAGAACCCUGCCGUGAGGGAGAAGGCCGAGGCGGUCGUCAACAUCGCACUGCCGCUGUUGGUGAAGAGUGGCAUUGCGCCCGCGAUUUCGUCGAAGCUCGUGGGUGAUCUGACGGGCGGCAUGCUCGAACGGUUCAACCUCUUCUUGGACGAGGAGUCUACCAUUCAGGGCAAAGACAAGCCCUGCCUCGCCAUCCGUGUCUGGGGUUAUCUGGUGAUCCUGCUGCAGAAAGAGUUGUGGAGUAGCGGCCUUAUCAAGGCGUUCCUGCAGAUCCCAUCGACCACAUUUAACCACGCGGACCCCAAUGUGCGGAUUGUGACGUGGAACGGGUGGAAGAGUCUGAUGGACAACUGCAUGCACGACAUGCAACACCUCUUGCGCCCCAAGUCCAAGCGCACAGACCUCCUGAUGAAGCCCUUCCUCAGCAGUGUGGAGAGGGAACAGAGUGUCGAGGUCAAGAAAGCGCUGGUGCAGUCGUGGAUGCACCUGGUCUCAGGCUUUGGCUCGUCGGUGCCCACCGUCUUUUCGCGGGUCUUCUUCCCCUUCCUCGAGCUUGUCGCCAAGGUGCCCGAGACGGAGCUCGCCGAGGAAGUGUUUCAAUUUGUCGGCAAAUUGGUGGCCUUGCCGGAUGCGAGCGACAGCAGCGCCGAGCCGCGACCACUUCCGCUCGAGGCCGACUGGGUGGUGGACGACUUUGCCCUUUUUGUUCUCCAAAUACUGCCGGGCUGCAUCUCGAGGACUUCGAGGGUCAUAGCGGUUGAGUCUCAGGUAGUGCACUUCCUGUCCGACCUCCUCGCCUCAGGGACUGCGCUGUCGGGCGACAAGGACGCACCGCCAUUGCCGCUGGGCUACGCCUCGACAGUCCUCACGCGCUUCCUCCGGGCCUUCUCCGCCGUAGCUGCCAACAAGUCGCCACACACGUCGUUCAAGCUUGCACUGUCGCCACACUACGCCCUGUCGGACUCGUCGUCUCCCUCGGCGCACGCGUCCACCUCCACCAUCCUCGGAGUUCUGCUGCGCGGACUCUUUUCGAACCCCAACGCCAUCAAGGACCAGAAGCAGUUCGGCGACACGCUUCAACUACUGCUCAGCGUCACUCCCGCCAAGAAAGCGGACCAGGUGAAUCCCAACACCUCGCUGCUCACUGCUCUGUACGUGCUACAAAGCCUGCUGGAGUCGUCCGUCUCCCGCAAAACCAACCAGAAGGUGUUGAUGCUGGGCUGGCUCAGCGUUGCGCGGAGCCUGGAGGAGAGGAUGGACGAAACCAACUGCGCCGCCGACACGCCGUUUCCGUUUGCCCUCCCCAACAAGCAUGAUCACAGGACUGUUUACUACACAGCUCUGCUGUUUCCACUCCGUGCUGCGCUGCAGGGCGAUGGGCAGUCCUCGUGGACCGUGCUCGUGGACGGCACCGUGGGCGACAUCAAGAAGACCUGGAACUCCUUCUACUCCACGUUUUUCCGGAUAAAUGCGCUCAAGGAUGAGGCCGAGGGGUGUGUGGACCACCUGUGCCAUCUCAUCAUGGAGAUCCUGCGGCCCGGGAUCCGGUGGAACAACGGCGUGGGCAAGAUCAUCGAGGCCACUCACACGAUGGUCGAGGUGGCCGGACCCACGCACGCGUUUAUCGCCAGCUGCUCGCGGCCGAGGGGAGCCACCAAGAACCGAUCGAAGCCCUCUGACCCAAGCACGUUGGUGGGGUUGCUGCUGCGCCUGUUCAACGCCAUGUCCGUUUACCCCGAGACGCUGGCGCGCCAGGAGGAGUACGAGCACGAGUGGAUGAAGGACAAGGACCAGGCGACGAAGCAGCUGAUUAUGAACGAGUGGCAGCUGUCGUUGUCCUACUUGGCGGACACCAUCACCGCCCUGUACAGCAAGGCGCGGGGCAGAGCGGAGGUGCUCUGUCUGGUCUCCACCUUUGGCGAGGGCAUCGCCAAGUGGCUCAAGGACAGUCCCGUCCCUCCCGAUUCCAGUGUUGUUCUCUCCCGAAGCGCCGCGACGAACAUGCGCAAGGAGCUGGACAAGCUGUUCGACGUGGUGGCCAAGGCCGUCACUACCAACCACAAGCCGCCCUACGACGACGCCGAGUCCCUGAAGCUCCUGGCCCCGCUGCUCACGGAGGCUCUGGUGACCAAGAGGAAAGUGUUGAAGAAUGCGGCCAUUCAGUUCUGGAAUACCACCUUUGGCACGGCGCCAUCGCUGACGGUGGUACCGGAGGGUCUGAUCGCGGUCCUGGCCAAACUGCAGGACAAGGUGCCCAUCAAGCUCCCGCCCGGCUGGAACGGCGACACCGAUGUCACGCCUUCCAUGUCGUCGGCCGACAUGGCGAGCCUGGUGUUUGCCGACGACGACACGACGCAUGUGCCCACCCAAGUCUUCCCAGGUUUUGAUGCGCCGCACAAGUUCCACAAGCCUACUGCGCCAGCGGCGGUGGCGGCGCCGCAGCCGGAGAGCCCCCGUCGCCUCGCCAAGCGGAAGCGAAGCGUCGCGCCCGCUCCGGUUGAGAGUCAGCAGGACGAAAUGGAGAACGAUCGCAAGUACGUGGACACGGUCAACAGGGGCGGGGCGCUGAAGAAGCCCAAGAAUGACAAGGACGAGCUGCUCACCGACCAUCAGCGCGAGGUGUUGGAGCGGCAGAGGAAGGAGGUCAAGGCCGUCGCGUUCUACAACGGACUGGAUCAGUCCUCCCAGGACGGGGCCAAUUUCAAUCUGUUCGCUGCCGGCUCGCUCUUUACGUCGCCCGCCGAUGACGACGACGGCGCCCCGGUCUCGGUCGGCGCCAGCAGCAACAACAACAAGUCAUCAACAACUACGACCACGUCGACGUCAAAGGCCAAGGCCGAGCAAGCUGCACGCAAGGCCAAGGCCGAGGCCGAGGCCGAGGAUGCGGCCAAGCUGCAACGGGAGAAGGAGCUGAGGGAGAAGCGCGAGCGGCUGGAGAAGGAGCGGCGCGAGGUGGAGGAGCUCGAGCAGCGCGAGCGCGAGCGGAGCAACUCGAAGGAGACCGUGCGGCUGCGGCGGCGCGCCUCGCUCAACUGGCGCAAGGAGCAGAUCGAGCGACAGGAGAAAGAGGAGAAGGAGGAGGACGACGCGCCAGCGGCCAAGCGCCAGAAGCAGCAAAACGACGACAACGACGACGUCAAGACGAAGAAGCACAACAAGAAGGAGAAAGAGGAAAAAGAAGAAGAAGAAGCGAUGAUGGUGAUUGAAGGCCACGAUGACGACGGCCGGCGGCGGCGGCAACCGGAGCUGCGGCAGAUGCUGGAGGCGCUGUGCGGGUCGGGGGAGACCGACGGGUUCGAGGCGCAGAUGAAGGACGGCGCGGCCGAGCUGCUGGCCGGGUUCGACGUGCGCCAGCUGUUUGCAGUGCAGGACAAGCUCACGCGCCUCCUCUCCGCCACCACCCAACAGCUGCGCACCAAGCUCAGCAACUGA